AUGUAUCAUUCCUUCUCCUCAUCAUCCUCUUCAUCAUCGGAAGAACAAGAAACGAUUCAACCCUCAGGCUUACUCGUUGGACAUACCCGACCCGUUUCAGCCCUUGAUUCCAUUUCAUUCGGGACAUCAUCCAAUGAUAGUAGAAUUUUAAGUGGUGGUUGGGAUGCUGAUAUUCGAAUCUUUGAUGGUCGUACGAUGGAAUGUUUGAUGAUUUUGGAAAAUUUCAUUCAGAAAAAAGAGGAUUCGGUCGAGAAGGAAAAUAUUGUUGAAGAGGAUACUGUUAAAAUCAAAGGAAAAGGACACACACAAGAAGUGUUGGCACUUUCUCAUUGUAAAAUGGGAGAUGAGGAAGCGUUGGUUGUGAGUGGAGGAAUGGAUAGUUAUGUUAAAAUUUGGAAAUUGAAAGCGAGUGUCGAUGGAAAACAAGAUGAAGUGGAGUUGCUUCACACAAUUUUGCAAAAAGAAGCACAACAAGAGAGAGCGAUAUGGAGUUUGACUGUGGACGCUUCAUUGAAUAGUCCAGUGGUUUAUUCAUCGUGUCUGGAAGAUGGAAUGGUUCGAGGUUAUGAUGUCACUACUUUGAAAAUGGUUGCUAAAAUGAAAUUGCAUUUGAAUGAUGUACGGCAUGUGAAGGUUGCCAACUGUCUCGAUUCUAAAGCAUGUCUAUUUACAUGCAGUUCCGACAAGUCACUCAAAUGUGUCGAUUUGCGAGCCAACAAGGUUGCCAUGAGAGCUGAAAAUAUUUCACAAAAUGUUCUCAUGAAUUUCACAUUGGAUGAUACGAAUGAGAGACUCUACCUUGCAGAUAGUGGUGGUUCUAUUCACUCCUUUGACACUCGAAUGAGUUUGAAACGGGUCGAUGAAGUCAAGAAUGCUCAUCGUGGUGGCAUUACGAAACUUGUUUACAAUAAGGGAAUGUUGUAUAGCGGUGGAGGUGCAGAUAAGGCAUUGAAAGCUUGGAAUUGCAGUGAUGGAAAAAAGGUUCCAUCUCCUGUGGCCACUGUUGAAGUGAACGAUCCAAUAUUUGCCAUGACCAAGCUUUACUAA